ACAUAACCUUAAUUUCAUUUCAGGAACAUUGUUAAUGUGAUUUGUGAACGUUAUUAUUAACUUAAUGUUUAAGUUUAAGUUGAUAUAAACACUGAAUUUUGUACAAUGACGAGAUUUGCCAGAGCAAAGGGCUCUAAAGCUUCGAACGAACGUGUUUUUCAUGAACCUACACCAUGGCAUCAAAUGAAAAAUUCGAUGUUGAAAAAAUCAGAAGAUUUCGAGGAAGAGAAGAAACGCAGAGAGAUUGAAGCGAAAAGAAGUGAAAACUAUCAGAAAUUUUUGAAGGAAAGAGAAGAGGAAACUUUGAACAAAACCGAAUGGGCAGAAUUUCCCGAAAAUAAUAUUCCGAAGGUAAAUGGUCUAUCGGCUAAAAGUAAGAAGAUAAAGAAGAAUAAAGAUAAAAAUGUGGAUAAUCAACUCAAAAAAAAAGCUGUGCUGGCAUUAAAAGAAGAAACCACUGUGGAAAAUACAAAGACUGUAGCAAAUUUGAAAAGAAAUGGAUUAUCACUAAAUUCUGAAGUAGGUAAUGAAAUUAUUACAGUAAGUAAUGAAAAACCUAAAAAGAAAAAGUUGAAAAUUAUUUCUGAGAGUGAAAAUAACAAUGAAAAUGAAGAGGAAGGUCCAGUUGAAACUAGUGCUAAAAUUCAAAUACCAGAAGUUGUCAAUAAAGCCAAAUCAAAAAAGAAAAAAACUGUGGAAAAUACAAAGACUGUAGCAAAUUUGAAAAGAAAUGGAUUAUCACUGAAUUCUGAAGUAGGUAAUGAAAUUAUAACAGUAAGUAAUGAAAAACCUAAAAAGAAAAAGUUGAAAAUUAUUUCUGAGAGUGAAAAUAACAAUGAAAAUGAAGACGAAGGUCCAGUUGAAACUAGUGCUAAAAUUCAAAUACCAGAAGUUGUCAAUAAAGCCAAAUUAAAAAAGAAAAAAGUCAAGAUUACAAAUAUAGAACAAACAAAGACUGAAAAUGUGGCAACGAGUAAGAAAGAAAAGAAAAAGGCUGUAAAUAAUGAAUGUGAGAAAGCUAAAAAAGAAAAGAAACCAGUUAAUCAGCGGAAGGAGAUUGAUUUGGACACUUUAUCAGAAGCCGACCGAAAUAAGAUUUUGAAAAAACAAGAGAAAAGACGCAAGCAGAUAGAGAAAAAAAAGUUGAAGAAACAGCAAAUUCAAGAAGAAAAAGAAAAAUCUGUAGCAGAAAACCCUAAUAAUCAAAAUGAAAAGCCAAAAAUUUUUGAGAAGAAACAAAUUAAUAAAUCUGCAGAGAAAUUUAAUCAUUCUAAACCUUUGAAUCAAGGACCAGUAGAGAAGACUCCCAAAAAACAAAAAUUUGAAAAUGGUGAUUUCAAAAGAAAAAAAGAUUUUCUCCCAAACAAAAUUAUGGUAAAUGGGAAUGAAGUUGAACUGGAAUAUAUUGAUGGGUUUCCAAUUAAGAAAGAAGAUGCAAAAAUUAUAAAUAGAUUGAAAAAGGAAAUGAUCAGCAAAGGUUUACCUCGAAGUGAAAUAAACAGAACACUCAAGUUGGAGAGAAGAAAAGCUGAAAAGGCUUUAGCUAGGGAAAAGAAAAAGGUGUGCUUCAAUUGUCGCAAAUUUGGACAUAACCUAUCUGAAUGUCCAAUGCUCUCAAGCAAAGAUGAACUUGUUGAUACAGCUGGAGCUGGAAUAUGCUUCAAAUGCGGUUCUACUGAACAUACAUCUUUUGUUUGUAGAGUGGAAAAAGGUCAAAACUUCAAAUUCGCUACAUGUUUCAUCUGUAAAGAGCAAGGGCAUAUCUCAAGGCAAUGUCCGGAUAACGCAAGAGGUUUGUACCCCAAAGGUGGCAGUUGUAGGGUGUGUGGCGAUGUUACUCAUUUAAAAAGAGAUUGUCCACAAUUCCAAGAUCAGCAGAAGAAAGAAGAAGCUAAAUUCUAUGUGGACACUAUCCAUGAUGGCAAUCCUGAUGAUUUUGGACCAAGGAAAGAUCUACCUAAAAGCACAGAAUCCAGCACAAAACCCAAAAUUAUUAAAUUCUGAUUGGUGACUUGUAAAGCAAUGUAAUAUAAUGUGUAUAAAUUAAA